AUGGCGGCGGGGAAAGCGGCGGCCGAGCCCCUGGGGCGGACGGUGGAAGAGGUGGCUUGGGCCGAGGCGCUUCGUGGGGCCUGCGAGCCCGAGCACCACUGGCGGUUCCGCCGGGAGUUCCUGCUGCGCAACGUCGGGGAGCCCCCAGCGGCAGGCAGCGCCCAGCUCCAGCGCCUAGUGUCCCUCUCCAUGGUGUGGGCUAAUCACGUCUUCCUGGGCUGCCGGUACCCGCCGCAGGUCAUGGAGAAGGCGCUGGAAAUGGCCGAAGGCAUACAAGUGACCGGCGCCCCUGUUCGCACCACGAGAGAUGAACUGGUUGCCAAGGUGAAGAAAAGAGGCAUAUCAAGUAGCAAUGAAGGGGUAGAAGAACCCUCCAAGAAGCGAGCUGUUGAGAAAAGCAAAGAUGGUAAGGAUACUGGAAAGGACGUGAAAACAACCAAGGCAGAAGCCCUGAAGGAAACAGAGAGCACAUUGCCAAAAAAGCAGGAAAGAGAUACUAGCAAAGAUCCAGAAAGCUCCUGGUCAACUUGUGCUUCAGGUCAAGAAAUGGUCACAGCAUCAAAUGUAGAAAUGGAAGCAAAACCUGCUAAUGCUGAAAAUACUACUGAGCAAAAUCCAUCUUCAUCUGAAAAAAAGUCAGGAGAGAAGUCUUGCUCAAGUUUACCUAAGGAAAGCAAGUGUGGAAACCUGUCGUCACCUGAGAAGAAAACUGCAGUAAGUGAAAUGCCACCAGCUUCCAAGAGUGCCCUGCAGGUAGAGGUGGUUGCAGCUGCAGUGCCACUGACCACCAAGAGUACUCCACAGGCAGCAGUGGCAGCAGGGGCAGUGCCACCAACCACCAAGAGCACCCCACAGGCAGGGGCAGUGCCACCAGCUACCAAGAGCACCCCGCAGGCAGUGGCAGCAGCAGUGCCACCAGCUACCAAGAGCACCCUGCAGGCAGCAGUGGCAGCAGCAGUGCUGCCGACUACCAAGAGCACCCCUCUGACAAUAGCGGUGCCACCAGCUGCCAAGACUACUGUGCAGACAAGUGCUACAUUGCUGUCUUCCAAAAACCAAGCUAGUGCUUCAGCAUCAGUGUCCAAGAGUGGUGCUCAGGUGAGCAGCUCACUGCUUCUGUCUCCCAAGAGCAGCACUCAGGUGGGUGCUUCACUGCUCCUGGCCUCCAAGGGCACUGCUAAGGUGACCUCCUCGCUCCUGGCCUCCAAGAGCAGUGCUGAGGUAGCUGCUUCGUUGCUGGCUGCUCGGAGUGGUGCUCAGCAGGGAUCCUCACUACUGAAUUCCAAGAGCAGUGCUCAGGUGGCUGCUUCAUUGCUGGCUGCUCGGAGUGGUGCUCAGCAAGGUCCCUCGUCACUGGCCUCUCGCAGUGGAGCUCAGGCAGGUGCUUCUCUGCUGACCUCCAAGGGUGGUAUGCAGGCAGGCUCACCACAGCUGGCCUCCAAGAGCACCUCACAGGCAGGUGAAAGCCCUGCUAAGGCUUUGUGCAAACCCUUAACAAGCGAAGAUGCAAAGGAAAGACAGCCUUUUUUCAACAGAUUAUACAAAGCUGUAGCCUGGAAAUUAGUUGCUGUUGGAGGCUUCAGUCCUAAUGUAAAUCAUGCAGAACUUCUGAACUCAUCUAUUCAGUCUGUGAAAGCUACAUUAGAUGUUGCUUUUGUUCCCUUGAAGGAGCUUGCAGACUUGCCUCAAAAUAAGAGCUCUCUGGAAAAUAUAGUUUGUGAACUGAGGUGCAAGUCUGUCUACUUGGGUACUGGCUGUGGUAAAAGUAUGGAAAAUGCCAAAGCAGUUGCUUCAAGAGAAGCUUUGAAGUUAUUUCUCAAGAAGAAAGUUAUUGUGAAGAUAUGCAAAAGAAAAUACAAAGGUAGUGAAAUUGAAGAUUUGGUACUUCUGGAUGAGGAAUCAAAACCAUCAAAUUUACCUCCAGCUUUAAGAAAUCCUCGUGAGAUCUUGUAGGAGAGAAAGGUUGUUUGUACCAUGUAUAGUAUUUCAAGUCAAGGACUGAAGGUUAAUUUUGUACUUUAAAAAUGCAGGCUUCCAGAUAUUUUGUAUUUCUUUCUCAGUUUUGCAAGACAAUGAUAGUCUUCACUUGGUAGCAAUUGUAUAAAACUUGUUAGAGAUGACAAGUGUGCAUUUAAAGGUAUGCCUUAAUACAUAGCACAUUAGUGUGCUGUUUGAUUUGCAAAAUAGUCUACCUAAUUCUUCUAUUUUUAAUUAAACAAGGUACAAUUUGUUGUUUAAAACUUGACAAUUUUGUAAUUACAAUUGGAUGGCGGUGUCCUCAAUUGUCUACCAUGUCUUUUUUAGCCAUAUUAGAAGUGUGUAUAUAGGGACCAUAAUACUUGAAUGAUUGAAAGUUGUUAAAAAAUUUCAAUCAAAAAAUUAAAUCAUCUGUUUCAGGCUUGUUGCUUAUAAUGUUCCUUGUUGCUCAUACUAGGAGCGAAAAUACUUGGUUGACUAUUUUCAUGGGAUGUUUCCAUAAUGCUCACAAAUAUAAAUGACACCCUGAUUCCAUUUAACAUUAUACUAGAACGUUAGAUCCCAUUUAACAUUAUACUGGCAAAUUAUCAAUUAGCAGUCAAGUCACAAAUACUUCAGCCACCAAAACUUUGUAAGCAAAUUUAUAUUGUUAAAUAUUUACUUUUUCUUCAAAUAAACAUGGAUUUCUAUACUAAACAUUUUGACUGCUACUAAGCCAAUAAAAUCUCUGGAAUAUGCUUUUAUAGUACUUUGGUUUGGCUGUUAAAUAUUCCAUCCAUUUCAAUAAUUUUGCAACACCUUAAGGAGAGCUGUACUUUGAGUGGUUUCGAGGUGUAAUCCCACAUGGGUGAGUAGUUUCCUUUAGAUGCAUAGAUGGAAUACUGUACAACUGCUAGAGUGGACCUGUAGAAUAUCUAUUUCUACUUUUGUAAUACCAGGAUAAGGAAAAUGAAGAUG